GUUCCUUUCCUUCUAAGCAUUCUCUUUAUAUAUAUACCCUCAUAAUUUCAUCUACAUAUAAUACAAUCAUAUCAUAUACAUCUUCAAAAAUUAAUACCCUUUGAACAAUACUAUUCAAAAAUCAAAUUAUAAGAAAAAAUGAUGACACCAAAAUAUGUCAUAGUUCUAGUAUUAGCCCUAAGCUCAAUGUGGGUUAUGUCAAUGGCUCAAACAGGUGUUAGUGGUGAUUGCACCAAUGAAUUAGUCACCUUAUCACCGUGCUUAGACUACAUCACCGGCAACUCGUCGACGCCGACGCGAAGCUGCUGCAGCCAGCUAGCCAACGUGGUUAGGUCCUCGCCGCAGUGCUUGUGCCAGCUUCUAAAUGGCGGAGCAGCUAGCUUUGCUGCUAGCUUAAACAUUAACCAAACUCUGGCCUUGACUCUUCCUAAUGCUUGCAAUGUUCAAACUCCUCCUCUUAGUACUUGCAAUGCCGGUUCUCCAGCAGGAUCUCCUCUAGGAAGUCCACCAGGAAGUGGAUCUAGAUUAACACCAACCGGGGGUGAUUCGUCAGAUGCAAAAAUGUCAAAUUCACCAGUUAUUACUUGUGUGUUAUUAGCCGUGUUAUUCGUUACUUCACAUGCACUUCCUUCUUUUUAAUGCCAUCGCUCCACUACUAUUGGCUCAUGGGUUGGGCCGCGUCUUCUUCACUGUUUUCGUGGGCCUCCUUUCACUUUCAUGUCCUCUUUAGACUUUAUUACCUUCUUGUACUACACCUAUGUAAUCAUUUUUCAUUUAUUUUUGGGUUGAAUUAUUUGCUUUGUAUCAUAUAUUGACUUAUUAUUGAGGGAUAGUUUUUUUUUUUUUGAGAUUAUUUUGAUCAUUAUAUUGCAAUAAAAAAAAGGUGAUUAUCAUCAUUUGAUU